AUGUUUUCAUUUUUCUUGAUACUUUUUCUUCUAAAUAUUACUACAAAUUAUUCAUUAAUAUCUAAUAAACAACCUAUUAUAUCUAACGAAUAUCUUGGUAAUACUGGAAAACAUCUUUUUCAUUUUGUACAAAUAACUGAUACUCAUAUAACUCAUCUCGGUCAUGCCGAACGAAGACAACAAUUCGAACAAUUUUGUAAUCAAAUUAUAAAAGCAUUAGUAAAACCACAAGUUACUAUUGUAACAGGUGAUCUUGUGAACAGUGUUAGCAGUUCAACAGAUCGAUUAUUUGGAACAGAACAAUAUGAAGAAGAAUGGAGUAUUUAUAGAGAUGUAUUAAUUCGAACUAAUGUUACAGCACAUACAAAAUGGCUUGAUAUAAGAGGAAAUCAUGAUGUAUUCAUGGAUUCAGAUCCAGAUUCAUCAAAAAGUUUUUAUCGUAUUUACUCACAUCAAGGACAUAAUCAUAGUGGUUCAUAUGAAUAUACAUUAAGAACAGAAGAUGAUGAUAGGUAUUCAUUUGUUGCUGUUGAUAUGUGUCCAAGACCAGGUAUUGGUCGUCCAUUUAAUUUUCUUGGUCAUAUUAGUAAAAAAGAAAUGAAAAUUUUAAAAAAAUUAUUUGAAAAAACUAAAAAUUCUACUUCAACAAUAUUUUUCGGUCAUUAUCCAUUAACAUUUACUUAUUCAAAAGGACUUGAUCAAAUAAUGAAAUAUGGUAUUGCUUAUUUAAAUGGUCAUCUUCAUUCUGGUAUUAAACAUUUAUAUGCUCGUCAUUCAAAUGGAUUACUUGAACUUGAAUUAGGAGAUUGGAAAGAUAAACGACGAUUUCGUAUAUUAACCAUUGAUUCGGGUUUAUUAUCUUUCGAAGAUUUUCGAUUUAGUCAACCUAUAUAUGCUAUUAUAUCAAAUCCAAAAGCAUCAAAAUUUCUCACACCAAGAGAACCAUUCCAUCGUUUAAGUCAUAGUACUCAUAUAAGGAUUGUUAUUUUUUCAAAAUUAUCUAUUAGUAAUGUUAUUAUUUCAAUAGAUGAACAAUAUAUUGGUUCAGCGAUUCAAUCGAAUGAUAAUGGAAAUUUAUUUAUUCUUCCAUGGAAUACAAGUUUAUAUAACGAUGAAAAUCUUCAUAAAAUAUUUGUUGAAAUUAAAGAUAGUGGAAAUAAUACAAUAAUUUUACAACAUGAAUUUUCUUUAUCAUUACCAACAUCAAUAAAAUGGAAUCGAUCUAGAAUAAUUCUUACCAUUCAUCAACCAACUUUUGGCUUUGUUAUUUUAAUUUUAUCUUUAUUUGCUUAUAUUUUCAUAUUAUUAUAUUAUCGAUAUCAAGCGAAACAGAAAUCAUGUCCAUGGUAUUUCGGAUAUUUAACACCAGACCAUUUUGGCGCAGCAUUUCUUUGGGGUACAUUAAUACGAGGAGCUUAUUUACCACCUGAUUCACAAAUAUUUUCAGGAAUCGUUCUAGUAAUUUAA